AGAAGGUGGCCAGGGAAACAAGUUAAGCCUCUAGCCCCCAAGCAGGCGCCUGUAACUGACCACUGCCUGGCCGCAGGUCCCGCCCACCAGCCUGCCCCUAUGACCAACAUGAGCUGGGGCUUCCUGACACGGCUGCUGGAAGAGAUCCACAACCAUUCCACCUUCGUGGGCAAGGUCUGGCUCACGGUGUUGGUGGUCUUCCGCAUAGUGCUCACGGCCGUGGGCGGUGAAUCCAUCUACUCAGACGAGCAGGCAAAGUUCACCUGCAACACCCGGCAGCCUGGCUGCGACAAUGUCUGCUACGACGCCUUUGCGCCGCUGUCGCACGUGCGCUUCUGGGUUUUCCAGAUUGUGGCUAUCUCCACGCCUUCCGUACUGUACCUGGGCUACGCUGUGCAUCACCUGGCGCGCAUCUCCGAGCAGGAGCGGAGGCGUGCUUUGCGCCGCCGAGCUGGGGCCCGGCGCUUGUCUCGUGCGCACCUGCCACCAGCACCUCCUGGCUGGCCUGAGCCUGCCGAACUGGGCGAAGAGGAACCCAUGCUGGGCCUGGGUGAGGACGCAGAGGAUGAGCCAGGAGUGCCCGAGGACCCUGCAGAGUGUGCUGAGGAGGAGCGUGCGGGAGAAGCAGCCGCCAAGGGGACGGGCGGGGGCAGAGAAGUAGCAACCCUGGGCCCCGCGGCACAGCACGACGGGCGGAGGCGCAUCCAGCGUGAGGGCCUGAUGCGCGUUUACGUGGUGCAGCUGGUGGUCAGGGCGGCCCUUGAAGUGGCCUUCCUUGUGGGCCAGUACUUGUUGUAUGGUUUUGAGGUGCGGCCUUUCUUUGCCUGCAGCCGCCAACCAUGCCCCCAUGUUGUGGACUGCUUUGUGUCGCGCCCCACCGAGAAAACCGUCUUCCUGUUGGUCAUGUAUGUGGUCAGCUGCCUGUGCUUGUUGCUGAACCUGUGUGAGAUGGCGCACCUGGGCCUGGGAAGCGCGCAGGAUGCCGUGCGCGGCCCACAGAUCCCAGGCACUGGGCCUGCACCUCGCCCAGUGCCCUGUGCCUUCCCUGCCACGGGUUUGGCCUGCCCCCCUGACUACAGCCUGGUCGUGCGGGCAGCGGCGCGCACACACGACCAGAACCUGGCCAACCUGGCCCUGCAGGCGCUGCGUGACGGGGCGACAGCCGCUGAGCAGGAGAGUCCGCCCUGCUCUGGGUUUCCCGCUGUCCCCGGGCUGUCCCCCAGGGCCGGGGUGCCAGCUUCUGGGACCGGAAGCGCCAUGUCUGGGGGCACUGUGGGAGAGCCGGGCCGUGCUGGGCCGCUAGAGCGCUUGGGUGCCAAGCCCAGGGCUGCCUCCGACAAGGGCAGUGCUGGCAGCAGGGAUGGAAAGACCACCGUUUGGAUUUGAACUCGCCUGUGGUGGUUCAGUGGACAACUGCUGCUCCUCAGCUUCAGACGGCAGGGGACAGGAAAGGGCCGAGUUCCUGUGG